CUCCGAGCCUGCUCAGAGUGUAUCGUUCAUGUUCUGAGGUCUCAUGAGCAUCUGGCAGAUUCCAUGUUUCUACUUCGUAUCUACUUCCUGGUUGCUCCUCCGUGUAAGACGGAGGAGUGGAGGCUCGUCACAGUUUCGGCGUCUAUGCGUGCCUACCUGUGCUGUUACGCUUGCUUCAUAUUCCUUGGAACCGGUCGUCAGCACUCAAGCUUGCCUCGAACCGACGCCCACAUCGAACCCGCUUGCCCCAUCACUAGGUCCAACACUUUCUGUGAGUUUUUCUCCAACCGCGCCAGACCCCAUUCUCCGAUGGAUCGCCACUGGGGGGUCUCUGAAUUUUGGGUUUUCCUUGGGUGUGCUUUUGUGUGCCUUGAUGUGAGCAGCGGGUGCGGGACGCUUACAGAAAGAAGAAAUUUGCAUGCAAACACUAAAAAAAUCAGACGGAGCAUUGAUCCCAGUAGCGAAUCAUUGCGUCAGGGCUCCACCAGCCGGCGAACGACGUGUGUCCUUGC